AGAGUUGCAGAGUUAAAAGGCGCAAAGCAGGCAGCCCCGGGUACAGCUGCAAGUGCAGCUGCUAGCACAUCAGCUCAUCCUGUCAAGAGAAAAACUGUUGACACAGAAAAUGCAGAGUUAAAGAGACUAAAAGGUACAGACGAAAAGCCACAUACGUGUACGUCUGGGCUACCAGCAGAUUUUUUUGAUGAAACGAAGCAAGAGAGUGCAAAGGAACAGCUUCCAAAAGGCUCAGGUCCCAGUUUAUUGUCAGGAUAUUACGAUGAUGACGAUGACGACGACGAGGAGGAGGAACAAGAUCAAUCAAACAGAUCUGGGGUUACGCAUAAAGCUGAAAUUCCACCUCCAGCUCAAGACGUGAAAGCUGAUGCUCUGCCUGCAGACUUCUUUGACAGCAAAACGACAGCUGCUCCUAUAGUUUCCCAUUCGGGAUCCAUACAGAAAGCAGAGGUACAAGAGAAGAUAGUGGAAAGGAAAGAAAACACUGCUGAAGCUUUGCCAGAAGGUUUCUUCGAUGAUCCCGAAGUGGACGCAAAAGUGCGAAAAGUUGAUGCUCCAAAGGAUCAGAUGGACAAAGAAUGGGAUGAGUUUCAGAAGGCGAUGCGACAGGUCAACACAAUUUCAGAAGCAAUAGUGGCGGAAGAGGAUGAGGAGGGACGACUCGAUCGUCAGAUUGGAGAAAUUGACGAGCAGAUUGAGUGUUACCGCCGUGUUGAGCUCUUGCGUAACCGCCAGGAACUGAUGAAGGAGAAGUUAAAGGAAGCCAUGAGACGGAGAGCAACCCAAGAGAAAGAGGAGGAGGCUGUGGGUAGCGAAGAUGAGGAAGAACUGCAGGAUUUGCUGUCUCAGGACUGGCGGGUGAAAGGGACUUUGUUGUAG